GGGCGAGUGUGUUGGGGCGUGAUGCACUCGGGUUGGGGGUUCUAAGGUUGGGUGGGGGAAGGAGAUUGGGGAAACAGAGUGUGCCUUUGUGAGGGCGUGUGAGUGUGUGUGUGAGUGUGUGUGUGUGUGCGCCGCUGAGUCUGUGUGCAGUGGGUGUGGGUGUUUGUCUCUCUGUAUCCGCCUUCUCUCCCGUUCUGGACUUCUAGCCUCCUAGGCUCAUCUUCCUCAUCUCUGACUCCCUCCCUCUUGGGCCUGGAACUGAGUGCCCUGCUGGAGGAGGGGGCCACGCUCCAGGACCUGGUCCAAACUGAGACGCGGCCUGAGGCUUCCCUCCAGCUCCCCCUCCCUUCCUUUCCUCCCUUCCUUCCCUCCCUCUCUUUCCCUUCCUCCCUCCCCCCCACCCGGGCUGGCGUGCCAGGGGGUGGGACAUGCCAAUCACUGACUGUGCCUCUCCGGCUGCCAGCACAGGGCGCAGCUCCCCCCCAGAGCCAGGUGUUCAGGUCCCUGGAGACACCGCCAGCCCCCGUGGAGGCCGUGGGGCUGAGGACCCUACAGACCCCUCUCCGACCCCAUGGGAACCCUGAAUCCCACCACCCCCAUCCACCUUCAGCCCCACCAAGAUGGACUGAACCAGGCUGCUGGCCAAAUGGACAAGCCGGAUGCCAAGGUGAUGACUUUCCCCUGACGAAGCCCUGUAGUGUAACUAGAGGAAGGGACUGUCCCUCCAGUCCCACCUGGCCGCCAUGAAUACCUCGGCACCCCCUGCCGUCAGCCCCAACAUCACCGUUCUGGCCCCAGGAAAGGGUCCCUGGCAAGUGGCCUUCAUUGGGAUCACCACGGGCCUGCUGUCACUGGCCACAGUGACAGGUAACCUGCUGGUGCUCAUCUCCUUCAAGGUCAACACGGAGCUCAAGACAGUCAACAACUACUUCCUGCUCAGCCUGGCCUGUGCCGACCUCAUCAUCGGCACCUUCUCCAUGAACCUCUACACCACGUACCUGCUUAUGGGCCACUGGGCUCUGGGCACACUGGCCUGCGACCUCUGGCUGGCUCUGGACUACGUGGCCAGCAACGCCUCCGUCAUGAACCUGCUGCUUAUCAGCUUUGACCGCUACUUCUCCGUGACCCGGCCCCUGAGCUACCGCGCCAAGCGCACGCCCCGCCGGGCAGCCCUGAUGAUCGGCCUGGCCUGGCUGGUCUCGUUCGUUCUCUGGGCGCCCGCCAUCCUCUUCUGGCAGUACCUGGUAGGGGAGCGGACGGUGUUGGCCGGGCAGUGCUACAUCCAGUUCCUCUCCCAGCCCAUCAUCACCUUUGGCACGGCCAUGGCCGCCUUCUACCUCCCCGUCACGGUCAUGUGCACACUGUACUGGCGCAUCUACCGGGAGACGGAGAACCGGGCCCGGGAGCUGGCCGCCCUGCAGGGCUGCGAGACGCCGGGUCAGGGCGGGGGCAGUAGUAGCAGCUCCGAGCGGUCCCAGCCGGGGGCCGAGGGCUCCCCGGGGACUCCCCCAGGGCGCUGCUGUCGCUGUUGCCGGGCCCCCAAGCUCCUCCAGGCCUACAGCUGGAAAGAGGACGAGGAGGAGGAGGAAGGCUCCAUGGAGUCCCUCACAUCCUCGGAGGGGGAGGAGCCUGGCUCCGAGGUGGUGAUCAAGAUGCCUAUGGUGGACCCCGAGGUGCAGGCGCAGGCCCCGGCCAAGCAGCCGCCCCGGAGCUCCCCAAAUACAGUCAAGAGGCCAACCCGGAAAGGGCGCGAUCGGGCGGGCAAGGGCCAGAAGCCCCGUGGGAAGGAGCAGCUGGCCAAGAGGAAGACCUUCUCACUGGUGAAGGAGAAGAAGGCGGCUCGGACCCUGAGCGCCAUCCUUCUGGCAUUCAUCCUCACCUGGACACCGUACAACAUCAUGGUACUGGUGUCCACUUUCUGCAAGGACUGUGUUCCCGGGGCCCUGUGGGAGCUGGGCUACUGGCUGUGCUACGUCAACAGCACCAUCAACCCUAUGUGCUACGCACUCUGCAACAAAGCCUUCCGGGACACCUUCCGCCUGCUGCUGCUCUGCCGCUGGGACAAGCGUCGCUGGCGCAAAAUCCCCAAGCGCCCUGGCUCUGUGCACCGCACCCCCUCCCGCCAAUGCUGAUGGCCCCUCACCUGCAUCCCUCCACCCCAGUCCCUGGGAGAGCCGGGCAGAAAGGCGGCAGGGACUGUGACCUCGGACCCCGGGCCCUGCAGAGUCCUCACCAAGCCUCCCAGGCCUCUAGGUCACCUUCCUGGACAGCCCAGAGAGACCCUGCCAACUUUCCAAACUUUGCUAUUCCCAGGCAGGGAGUGGACCUGGGGAACUGGUUUUUCCGUUCCUACUGGGUGGGAAUGGGCUCUUCACCAGGGAGAAAGCUAGGGGAGGAGGUCCAGCCUUUGGAUUCCUUGUCUGAGUUUUGGCAGGAAGUCUGUUGGGAGCCAGCAGGGCGGGCGGGGAGAAAGUUUUAACGUUUCAGUCAUCCUUGGCCAGGACUGGCCUGGAUUGCGGUGGGAGAUGGCUCCCCCUAGCGCCACAGCAGGACACUGACACUAACCACGGAGAGGAAAGCUGGGCUCAAAGGGGGAGGAGCAUCGCGGCCCCAGUCCCUCCACAGGCAUAGCCCACUCUUCUGGGUCCUUGGCCCACCAUCCAGGGGUUUCUAGCCUCCGUACAAAUGUCCCCAAGAGCGUCCCAAUGUGGACGAUCCCCAAGGCAAAUGUCCAAACAUCAGCAGGACAAUGACACCAUGAUGGACCAGCUAGUCACACAUCAAGUCCAAGGCAGCAGCAGGACUAGGCGCCAGGUGUCCUGACCAUCCCACUACGUCGUUUCCCUGGGAGUGGGGGCGUGGUGCCUGCUGCCCAGCUGCACACCUACAGCCCUGCCCCAGAGAAACCCUCAGUCCUUCCCUCCCUGGUGUAUAGCCUCCACCUGGGUAGAUCUGCUGCCUGCAGAUUUGGCUAGGUCUUCGCAUGCUGCCUGCCUCUGGCCCUGCCUCACACAGGCCCGGCCCAGCCAACAGGUUCUCUCCUGUGAGCUCCUAAAUCCAACCCGUGCAUGGCCUCCCAGCCACCCUCAUCUCCAGGCCCAGCCUGGACCCAGAUGUUCUUUCCCUCCUACCUCAGCAAGUGCUGAGUCUGUGAAUAAAGCCACAUAACCAACGGGUGCUA